UUGCGUACUUGUGUACCUUUUUCAUAAUGUGGUGUACAUGUUCCACGGUUUGACUAGUACUUCCGUUUGAACCGCUCACACAUAUAGUUCUGCAAGGUGUUUGUUGGUUCUCUUGGUUGUUGUUUGUUUGACAACAAAAUCCUCUCUGCUUCCAACAACAUCUCAACCAUGGGUACUUGGGUUCUUCAACAAGUGACCUCUAUUGAUUGGAAUUGGAACCAUGAAUCCUACCCAGACUUUCGUGAUUUCUCUGUUAUACCCUUCUUCGCUCUCUUCUUCCCCUCCCUUCGCUUCCUUCUCGACACGUUCCUAUUCGAGCAAGUGGCCAGACGAUUGAUUUUUGGAAAGGGACACAAGAAGAUGGAUUUUCAAACACUUGAGAGAAAAAAGAAGAUUAGCAAAUUUAAGGAAUCGGCAUGGAAAUGUGUUUAUUUUCUAUCUGCAGAAAUUUUUGCUUUGGCAGUAACAUAUGAUGAACCUUGGUUUACUGAUACAAGGUACUUUUGGGUGGGGCCAGGGAAUCAGAUAUGGCCAGAUCAAAAGAUUAAAUUGAAAUUGAAAGUGCUCUAUAUGUAUGCUGCUGGAUUUUAUACAUACUCCAUACUUGCUUUAGUAUUUUGGGAAACGAAGCGCUCUGACUUUGUGGUUUCCAUGGGCCAUCAUGUUAUUACUGUCAUUCUCAUCGUGUUAUCCUACAUUUUUAGGUUUGUUCGUGUUGGAUCUGUAGUUUUAGCUCUUCAUGAUGCUAGUGAUGUGUUUAUUGAGACAGGAAAAAUGUCCAAAUACAGUGGUGCUGAAACAACAGCUAGCAUUGCAUUUAUUCUUUUUGUUUUGUGUUUUACCGUGACACGGAUCAUUUACUACCCAUUCUGGAUUCUUAGGAGUACGAGCUAUGAAGUUGUUCACGCCUUGAAAAUGGACCUGGUGGAUGGUCCAUUAUAUUAUUAUGUGUUCAAUUCUCUUCUAUAUUUCUUGCAAGUUCUUCAUAUAUAUUGGUGGGUUCUGAUGCUUAGGAUGCUUGUUAAACAAAUCCAAGAAAAAGGAAAAGUUAGUGAAGAUAUCCGAUCUGAUUCAGAAGAUGAAGAUGAACAUAAACAUGAAGAAUGAACAGAAAAACAAGACUGGAUACGAUCCCAUUUGUUCAAAAUGGUAUCAUGGUUUGUCUUACCUACACCAUAAAUGUCUCGAAUACACAUUGUGUGUGUCACCAAGAAAACAAACCAAUGUUAAAUAUCACUAAUAGUAAUUAAGUAUAGGAUUAAGUAAAAACUAGAAGCUUCUUGUUAAAUUUCUUUUGCUACUAGUUCAAGCUGACAAGAACGAUAAGAAAUGCUCUUUGUAGAUCAAAUUAAGUUUGACCGCUUCACUCUCAAUAUAACCGUAUGUAAUUUGUUGUGCCAGCAUUACGUUAUAUAAAUGAUAUAAUUUAAUUUUCCUAUUGGUA